AUGGCGGAAGGCAAUGGAGAAAUAUCUAUGGAAGAGGUCCCUGGAAGGGAUUCUGAUGUUUACCGAACACCAGAUUACCGCAAACUCAUAGAGUAUGGUUUAGAUUCAAAGGUAGCGGCCAAGCUCGAUGAUAUUUAUAAGACUGGAAAGCUAGCGCACGCUGAGUUGGACGAGCGUGCGUUAGAUGCCUUAAAAGAAUUUCCAUCCGACGGUGCUUUAAGUGUUCUUGGACAAUUUUUAGAUUCAAAUCUUGAGCAUGUAUCAAAUAAAAGUGCUUAUUUAUGUGGAGUUAUGAAAACUUAUAGACAGAAAAGCCGGGCGGGUGUGCAGGGCGCUCCCGCUCUGGCGGCCAGUGCGCAGGUCAAAGGCCCGGACGAGAACAAGAUCAAACAAAUCCUCGCACGCACCGGGUACACGUUAGACGUUACCACGGGGCAGCGUAAGUACGGUGGGCCUCCGCCCGGGUGGGAAGGGGGCACGCCAGGGGCCGGAUGCGAAGUUUUCUGCGGCAAGAUCCCCAAGGAUAUGUACGAAGAUGAGUUGAUUCCACUAUUCGAACGAUGCGGCAAUAUUUGGGACCUUCGCCUUAUGAUGGACCCCAUGACGGGGACAAAUAGGGGUUACGCGUUCGUGACCUUUACGACGCGCGAAGCCACUCAGCGCGCGGUGCAAGAGCUCGAUAAUCACGAAAUAAAACCAGGGAAGACUCUGAGACUUAAGAUUAGCGUACCGAACCUUCGACUUUUCGUCGGCAACAUUCCCAAGUCUAAAGGCAAAGAGGAGAUACUGGAAGAGUUUGGUAAAUUAACAGGUGCCCCGCUUGCGUCCCGCUUGUCCCCCCGCUCCGUUCCUUCCGCUCCCUCCGCUCCGCCCGCUCCCGCCCGCCGUGCCCGCUGCGCCCCGCUGUGCCUCUCCAGUCGCGGGGCCCGGCCGAGCCGCGCCGGCCCCGGCCAUUGGCUAUUCUCCCUCGAAUUGUUCUUACAGCUGAAUGAUUAUGAAAUUCGAAAGGGGAAAAAGAUUGGCGUUACGGUUUCCUUUAACAAUCAUCGUUUAUUCGUGGGAAAUAUCCCUAAGAAUCGAGGUCGGGACGAUUUGUUUGAGGAGCUUACUAGGCACGCACCUGGACUGGUAGAAGUAAUAAUUUAUAGUUCGCCCGAUGAUAAGAAGAAAAAUAGAGGAUUUUGUUUUUUGGAAUACGAGUCUCACAAGGCCGCGUCCUUAGCUAAGCGUCGACUUGGAACCGGUAGAAUAAAGGUAUGGGGCUGUGAUAUAAUAGUGGACUGGGCCGACCCACAAGAAGAACCGGAUGAGCAGACAAUGAGUAAAGUGAAGGUGUUAUAUGUAAGGAACCUAACUCAAGACAUCACAGAAGAGGCGCUGAAGGAGGAAUUCGAACAAUAUGGUACCGUUGAACGGGUUAAGAAGAUUAAAGACUACGCAUUUGUUCACUUCGAGAAUCGAGACUGUGCUGUUAAGGCAAUGCAAGAGCUAGACGGCAAAGAACUGGGUGGAGCCAGACUGGAAGUAUCCCUAGCAAAGCCACCUUCGGACAAGAAGAAGAAAGAAGAAAUACUCCGUGCUCGAGAACGUCGCAUGACUCAAAUGAUAUACGGACGUGGCGGAUUUGAUUGGUGCAGCUGCUCACCCGUGCACGGCGCGCUGCGUGGACGCACGCCGCAGCCCACGCCGCGCCCGCCCCAGGCCCGCGGGGACUACGAUUAUGAUUACGACUAUUACGGGUACGGGGAUUACCGAGGUGGCUACAAUGAGCCAUUUUACCGGUACGAUGAGUUCUAUUUUGAUUACGCGGGGCCACCGCAACCGUCCGCCGUUCGCCAGCCUCCCAACAGAGCGCAACCGGACGACGAUGCUAUCGGCCACAACACGCUUUACUACGAUAUAGCCGGAGACAUUCAGGGGGCUGGGUCAUGUGGGACGGGCGCGCGUUGGGCGCGGCGCGGGGCCGCGGCUGGGGCCCGUGGUGGUGCGCGUCGCGCCGCUCGUGGCCGCCGCACGCCCAGCGCCAUGCGUGGCAACCAGCGCGCCAAGCCAAGUUUACCAGGUAAACGUAAACUGGAUGGGGGACAUCAGAACAAUGGGGGGGAAAGCAAGCGUCGGGUGUGCGCGUGGGGAGCGGGCGGGUCGGGCGGGUCGGGCGUGUCGGGCGAUUCGGUGAGCGGCAGCAGCUAG